AUGUCUUCGCCCGUUCCACCACAGCCAAAUCCAGAAACUGGUCUCAAAAUAGCCGCUGUUGAAGUGCCAAGCAACGAAUCGUUGGAAAGGAGAACCCGCGAUGGAAAAUGGACACUUCGUCAGUUGCGACAAACCGACGCAAUUGUUCCGCUUCAAUCGGGAACCAAUCAAUUCGAUAGCCAGCGGGGUAAAACUGGGUUUGGAAUGCCGCGCAACACGCAGACAAAAGUCGAUUUUGCCGAUCGCAACAAGCACUGGACCAUCGAGCAGCAAAAGCAAUACUCGGACGCGAUAGUCCGACUCCAAUCCGGUACUAACCAGUUUGAUAGUCAGAAGGGAAAAACGGGCUUCGGAAUGCCGCGCAACACUCAGACGAAGAUCGAGUUCGCCGAUCACGACGGACCACUCAACACGAAUCCCAACGACACGUUUGUUCGCCUCCAAUCCGGCACCAAUAUGUUUGAGAGUCAAAAGGGAAUGACCGGAUUCGGUACUCCACGCGACGUCAAAGGCAAACAUUUGAAGCGAAUCUGGGAACUCGAAUUCCCCGAAGAAUCUGUUGAUGCUCAACCUCCAGUCAAUGCUCAACCUCCACAAUGA